AUGGAGGAGAUGCAAAAAUCGUUGCAAGAAAUGUUGGAGCAAGUUCUAUCGGAGAAAUUUGACAAGUUCUUCCCCGAAUUGAAGAUGCCGGGCGGCGAGGGCACCAGCCUUCGCGCGGGGGUCGGCGACUUCCGCAAGGACGCGGAUGCCGUGAAGCAUGAGCAGGUGGCAUCGCCCAUACCGCAAGAACACGCUCCGCCUCCGGCGAACAGGGCAGCGAGGUUCACUUAUGGCAGCCCUCCUGCUCCAUGGGACUCAACGGGGGCUAUGGCCGACGCCAUGGCUGUACAAGGGCUACUUGUCCCCGAUCCACAGGCGGACGCACUCAGCACGGCCACCAGCUGUUCGACGGGGUGUCUCACCCAAGUCGAGCCAGCAAACCAGCAGACCGUGGGGGACUCCGUGCAGGAGCAGCGGUCCGUGCUCAAGGAGAAGCUCGAGGUCAAGCUCACAUCGCUGCAGGCCAAGCUCAACCAGUUGGUGACCGACCUCCGCGCGCGAGUCGAUGGCCAUCGCCACGGAUCUGUACGCGGUCUAGCAAGCGCGUGACCCCGUCCAAGUCCACGUCGGCGGCAUGAGCAAUAGCGUGCCCCAGCCGUACGCGCCGCCAUGGAAGGCGGCGGACCCCAAGAACCAUUUCCAGGGGCAUGUCGACAUGGACGUUGAACCGGAGUACGCACAUCGCGGUGACGAGGUGCCGCGCGGGUGCCGUGGCAUCCGCCACGACGAUGACGACUGCCCCAACCGCCACGCCGUCGGCCAUAACGACGACGACUACAAUGACCGCCGCGAUGGAUUUCGACUGAAGCCACCCAAGCACGCAUUUUCUGUCUUCAAAGAGUACAAAGCUUGCUGGCUUCCCCUGCGUCCCAAGCAGAUUGAGGCUGCAGAUGCAGAUGAGGCUUUGGUUGUUCCUCUUGAUGGUGAAUGGAUAUGGCACUGCCAUCGGCUUAAUCCGACUCAAUACAUAAAGGGCUGCAAGAGAUUAUAUGGCAGAAUACUAGACAGUAACAAUGUCAAGUCCAUUCAAGCAAAAUCCAAGGAUCAGGUUGAGAAAGUUUGGACUGAGUUAUAUCCUGGGGAGCCCGUUGAGUUGGAGUGCACAAGUCCUUCCGAAGAUUCUAUUUAUCUGAGUGAUGAAACUGCAGGAGGCUUUUCCUAUGAUUUGGUCUCAGUUGUUAAGAGACAAUCUUCUUUCGUCUACCAGGUUAUGAUCUUAACUGGGGAAACUGGUUCUGGGAAAAGCACACAAUUGGUUCAGUAUCUUGCUAACUCAGGUCUGGCUGCCAAGGGUUGCCACCUGGGAAGUAUAGUGCUGCAAAUACUCCAUGACACUUCUGUUUGUAAGGUACCUUAUUCUGCUACACACCAGUGGGAUCCUGGACUUUCUUCUGAAAUAAUUCAUGUGCAUUCACUGGGUACUUUGCAACUCCUUGGACAUGAUUGGGUGCAGUACAUUGAGCUUGGAAGUGCAUUUAGUCUCAGCAUUACAACGGGUAUGCAGUUGUUGCAGUUAUUGUCGAGAGCGAUGCUACUUGGUGUCAUUCACUCCAAGUUGUGGUUAACUGAUGGAUGGUUAGAGACAAAUAGUGCUCACAAUUUUCCUUGCCUUCAGUUUAGGGAAUGGAGAUCCUUCUUACAACAUGGCAAAUAUACUGCUUCAUUGAUACUGCCUUGGAAUCCAGACGGUUGGAUGGCAUCUAGCACUACACUUUUGUUUUCUAUUGUAUGUAGUUUCUUGCAUUGGAACCCUGGUUUACUCUAAAGAGCAAAUUGUGCUGCACAA